AUGCUGAGCACGAGAGAGAGUGGUGCUCAGACUUCAGCAGGCCCUUUGAGCCCCAGUGCGGCGUCUUUUCUGCAGCAGCAGCAGCAAAGAAGAGGCCUUGCAGGAAGAACUCGCAGCACUGCUGCGACGACUACGGGUGCAGCGGCUGCCACUGCUGCACCGCCCCCCCAUUCAGCAGCAACGCCUCCCGCACGUACAGUAUCCCGCAAAAUCGCUGGCAGUCGCAGGCCUUUGCCAAGAACGGCGGCCUCAGCAGGCUCGGCUGCAGCAGCAGCAGCAGCAGCAGCAGCAGCAGCCUCUACAGCUGCUGGCGCUGCGCCUUCAAAGAGCUCCUCCGGCAGCAGCAACGCUGGCAGGAACUCCCGUCUGCCUGCAGCAACGCCCCCCCCCCGGGGAAAUUCCAAUUUGAGCCGCAGCAGCGGCGUUGGUGCAGAGGAUACUGGCAGCACUAGGCGAUCCUUGUGGAGGGUAAACAGCGCUGUUGGGCAGUCAACUACGUCAUGCGGCAACAGCAACGACAAGGGGGACGCGUCUGCGGCUGGACGCCCCCCCCUCCGCAAACAGACGAGCCUUCCGCCAACAAGGCCCUCUCCAGUCUCCUCAGCAGACAAAGGCAGCACCAGCGGCAAGGCCAGCAUCAGCACAGCGGCGGGAGAUGACACGUCGCAGCUCUCCGAUCUGCUUCCACGCUCUGCGAGCGAUGACGCUGGCAUCAGCAAGCGCAGCAGAUGCUGGGCCAGAGGAACCACAGACUUCCGUGGUCUUAGAAGACGUCAACCGACUGCGCCAGACGCAGCAGAAGCACUUGUAUCGCCAGAAGCUGAAGGAGCAACAGUCAAAAUUUGCGAGGCAGCAGCAGAUGCUGCAGCUGCAAGAGCAGGAAAGGCAUCAAAGCGGAAGUGCGCAGCAGCGCCAGAGUUGCGCCAGCAGCAACAGCCAACAGUACAGCACGCAGAGCAGCACCAGCAGCACCAGCAUCUUCAACACCAGCAGGUCCAUCUGCAGCACCUCCAGCAGCAACAAACCCAACAGCAGAUACAACAGCAGCAGCAGAUACAACAGCAGCAGCAGAUACAACAGCAGCAGCUUUUUCAACAGUACCUUCAGCAACAGCAGCUCCAGCAAGAACGCCACCUGCAGCGCCAGCAACAGCAGCAGAGAGAACAGCAGCUGCAGUGCAUGCAUUUGACAAUGCAUGCGACUCCUACGCAUCAUGCUGCCGUGACUGCAGGUGCUCGCGCUGCCUAG